CAGCGAGACUGAAAGGAGAGGGGACGUUUUUGGUCGUGUGUGAGAUGGAGCGAAGUUGCUUAUCUCGCUCGGCCUGCUCAGGAGGCGGACAGCAGAAAAUCGAAGUAGAAGUUGAAUUUGUUAAGGUCAAAAAGAGAGCUUUGGAGAGGUUGACAACUGAAGUAAUGCAGUUGCAUGACAUUCUACCCAAGAUAUUGAAUAGUGAUGUCUUAGAAAGCUUUCAGAAACUGGAUGCCCUUGAAACAAUUGUAGAAAAGAAAGGUAAUGAACUGGAAGAAUUGAGAAUGGAUUGUGAACACUAUAAAGCUCGCUUGGAAGCAGCCCAGGCAGACUGUGUGAGAGAAAGAAAGGAAAAAUUAAAUAUUCGACAGCAGCUGAAUGAUGCAAAGCAACAAUUAUUACAACAAGCUGAAUAUUGUACAGAAAUGGGUGCAGCAGUAUGCUCAUUAUUAUGGAGUGUUUCUAAUAAUGAAGAUGCAGUUAAAAAUAUUCUAGGAAGUGCUCAAGCAGUAAAGUUUUUUAAUAUUGCUGGACAAACAAUGGAGAGUUUUGUCUGCUCUUUAAAUGAAGAUAGCAAACAUCAGGAUAUGGAUUCUGAUGAAAGUCAGUUUGUGUUAGGUUUGGCUGGAAUUGUUACAAAUGUUGCUGCUUUAGCAAUUGGUCGUGAAUUCCUUGUUGGUUCAAAUCAGGAACUGCUGGACACAAUGAUUCAGCUGCUGAGAGAUAUGAAGCCAGGAUGUUGCACCAAAUUGAAAGUGCUGAUGCUAAUGUCCUUAUAUAAUAUUAGUAUUAACAUAAAAGGUGUGAAGUACAUCAGUGAAAAUGCAGGAUUCUUCCCACUAAUCGGGUGGCUCCUGAAUGAUCCAGAUCCAGAAGUAAGUUUUCAUGUAUUACGACUUCUCCAAUCCAUGAUUAUGGAGCCAGAUAUAUUAACUAAGUCAGGUCUUGAAAUUCGUGAAUCCCUACCACUUCCACGUAUCCUUUUGCUAUCAAAGAGCUGUAAUAAAGAUCUACAAAUUCUGGCCCACGAGCUGCUUGAGGACCUCAGAGUACUAGAAGGUGAAAUGUAAGACCCUUGCUGAGGAUAUCAUUAAUUUUUUUUCAAGCAUACGUUUAAGUUCUGUAAUAAUUUGUAAAAUAUUAUACCUGCUUUCUAAUAUAUUUAGUCAUUGUAAUUAAAUGGUUUAGAUGCUUGGCAUUCCUGCACAGGAAUCCCGUCCAUAAAUAGCAUCUCAGAAUUUCUAGGCUUGUGAUGUAUGAAGUCUCUUAGAAAUACUGAGUUUAAUAUCUGCAAUAUUACCAUAACCCUCCCUUAAUCAGAAUCUUACCUGAUAGCUAAGGGAUAUAGUUCAGAAUUUAUAUUUUCUACAUCAUAACUUGUUAAGAUAAAAUCAAGUACCUUUGGUCUGUAUUAUUCUUCAUCUGGCUUCCUCUUAUUUUAGUGACAGUGAGAAUAGUCUUUAAAUUUUGAUUUUUAACAUCAAAAAUGAUCCCAACUUAAAAAUCUAGUAAAGGAUGGAAAGACUUCAUUUUUUGGUAAAUAUUUAUAUCAAAACUGGAAGUUAAAUUACCAGCAGAAUUGUCUGGGUGAAAGAUUACUGGGCAGAAGGCUCUGUCUGUUUCCCCCUGGUUUCUUCACACUAUAUAAGUUUACUGCAUUGGAAAGGGAUAAAAGAAGAACAUUACCAUUAGAAAAACUGCCUUUUCCUUUCCUGGUACUCUCCUGGGUCCUAGGAUUUUUAGAAGGAUUAGCUAUGGAGUAGCAUAAGUUGUAAAGCUUUUUUUCCAUUGCUGACUGUAGACUUCUAUUUCAUUCUGUGCCUUCCAAAGUUGAGCCUACCAGCGUAGCACGUGACUCCCGCAAAUUGCCUCUUAUGUUAUUCUAGAGACAAGGGGAGAAUAUAAGUGGAGACAGCCAACAGUAGCUGUCAGAGUUCAUUUUGCCCUAGCACCUCACUCAUAGUGGUCUAGGCACAAGCAUUAUCUUUGGUUAUUAGCCGGGCUGAUUCAAUUUGGUGUUAUCAUAUUUCUUAUUCUUUAAUGCUUCUGUGCCACAUCCCUUCUAUUUCCAGGGAAACUGAAAAGAUAACUACCGUUUAUCCUGUAUCUAUGAUUUUGUAUAGUGCUAGCUAAUUUAAAAAGGUUAGCAUUUUAAAAGACUAGCCAAACAAGGUAGAGACUAGCUAAAAAGAGCCACUAGCAUCCUCCUUUGGGCUUUAAGCAACUAGGACGAUGACAUUUUGCUA